UCCAGUCAUUUUAUACCGAAGUCAAGCCAGAAUUAAAGGGCAAUUUCGUCCAACUAUAAUUGAAACAUCAGGACCAAAAUUAGCAUUAGAUCCAUUAGACAAGAAUUCUAACAAAAAAAAGCAUCAGAUCUUCACCUUGAACCCUUUUAGAUCCAUUAGACAAAUUUCUAAUAAAAAAGCAUUAGACCAUCUUCACCUUGAACCCUUGACCAAUAAUCUCCUUGUACCUAAAGAUAGAAUCCAACCUCUGCAAGCAAAAGCUCUACUAGCAGUGUGAGAAACAACACAGUGACUAGCAACCCAGCCAAUCAAGCAUCUUGGCGGUGGUGGUAGCGGAAAUGGCAUGGGUGGUAUUGGAAGCAUUUCUACCAUUGGAAAUCAUAGUUGGCAUGCUUUUCGUGAUGGGGAAUGCUCAGGACUUUAUCCACAAAGCCACCCAUGGCUGGUCGAAGCACAUCGAUAAUGACGUUUGGGAUGUGGCCAUGGAAAGACGGGAUAAGAAGCUCAUGGAGAUGCUAUCCUCUUCUUCUACUCCUAAUUAACAAUCUAACUCAGGAAGCACUAUGGCCUAUCGGUGAAUUUUUGGAUCUCUUCAUAUUUUUGCAAGCAUUGAAGUUGUAAGCAGACAAGUUGAAUUGUUGUCUUA